GCACUGCGCGGAUGCCAUAUUGGAAUGAAGCUGCCGCGGGUGCGGGCGCAGGGACGGCUCCGCGCAGCGCCGCGCACCGCGGGCUCCCGCUGCUGAGGCGCGGAAAAAAAAAAAAAGAAAAAAAAAAAAGAAAAAUUUUAACCCCCUCAAACUUCCUCAGUUUGUGCUCUAGGAACUCCCUGCUGCAGGAUGAAUUAGGAAGGGAAGGACUCUUCCUCUGAACCAUGGACACAAGGGCGUCCUUCAUCGCCACCAUGCAAGAGACCCAGCAUCUCUCCCCAGAGAAGGAUCAGAGCCCAGCCAAUGGCGACCAGGAGCAGUUUGAUUCAGAUGAGGGCUCCAGCAUUGAGGAUGCAGACUUCAACUGGGAUGAGUUCCUGGAAGAAACAGGAGCCAGCGCUGCUCCCCACACCUCCUUCAAACACGUUGAAAUCAGCCUUCAAAGCAGUUUCCAACCAGGGAUGAAAUUAGAAGUGGCCAACAAGAGCAAUCCGGACACGUACUGGGUGGCUACGAUCAUUACAACAUGUGGACAGCUCUUGCUGCUUCGUUACUGCGGCUAUGGAGAUGACCGCAGGGCGGAUUUCUGGUGUGACGUAAUGACAGCAGACCUUCACCCCGUUGGCUGGUGUACGCAGAAUAAUAAGGUCCUGAUGCCUCCGGAUGCAAUCAAAGAGAAAUACGUGGACUGGACGGAGUUUCUUAUACACGAUUUGACCGGCUCCAGGACUGCACCUGCAAAUUUACUGGAAGGCCCUCUGCGAGGAAAAAACCCUGUAGACCUCAUUACAGUUGAUUCCUUAAUAGAGCUGCAGGAUUCCCAGAAUCCCUUUCAGUACUGGAUAGUUAGUGUGGUUGAAAAUGUUGGAGGAAGAUUACGCCUUCGCUAUGUGGGAUUGGAGGAGACUGAAUCCUAUGACCAGUGGUUGUUUUACUUGGAUUGCAGACUUCGACCAGUCGGUUGGUGUCAAGAGAAUAAAUACAGAAUGGACCCACCUGCAGAUAUCUAUUCUCUGAAGACUGUAUCUGAGUGGAAAUGCUCUCUGGAAAAAUCCCUUACUGAUGCAGCAAAUUUUCCUCUUCCAAUGGAAGUAUUCAAGGACCAUGCUGAUUUGCGAAGCCACUUCUUCACUGUGGGGAUGAAGCUGGAGGCGGUGAAUAUGAAGGAGCCAUUUCAUAUCUGUCCUGCAUCAGUGACCAAGGUUUUUAACAAUCAUUAUUUACAAGUGACCAUUGAUGACCUGAGACCUGAACCCAGCAAAAUCUCAAUGCUUUGCCAUGCGGAUUCCUUAGGGAUCUUGCCAAUACAGUGGUGCCUUAAAAAUGGAGUCAAUCUCACACCUCCCAAGGGUUACUCUGGCCAGGACUUUGACUGGGCCGAUUACCAGAAACAGUGCGGAGCGGAGGCGGCGCCUCACCAGUGCUUCAGAAACACAUCCUUCAGUCGUGGUUUUACAAAGAACAUGAAGCUGGAGGCAGUGAACCCCAGGAAUCCUGCAGAGAUAUGCGUCGCCUCGAUCACCUCAGUUAAAGGACGGUUAAUGUGGCUUCACCUUGAAGGUUUACAGAUGCCCUCUCCAGAGUAUAUAGUUGAUGUAGAGUCUAUGGACAUUUUCCCAGUUGGCUGGUGUGAAGCGAAUGCUUAUAACCUAACUCCACCACACAAAGCUGUUUUGCGAAGGAAGAGAAGAAUUGCAGUUGUGCAACCAGAAAAGCAGUUACCAUCCACAGUGCCUGUUGAGAAAAUACCUCAUGACCUCUGCCCAGUUCCUCAGCCAGACACAACAGGCACCAUCAAUGGGAGAUACUGCUGCCCCCAGCUCUACAUCAACCACCGCUGCUUCUCAGGUCCAUAUUUAAACAAAGGCAGAAUAGCAGAGCUACCUCAGUCUGUCGGGCCUGGCAAGUGCGUGCUGGUCCUUAAAGAGGUUCUGAGCAUGGUGAUCAAUGCAGCUUACAAGCCAGGGAGUGUUUUACGAGAACUGCAGCUAGUGGAAGACCCUCAGUGGAAUUUCCAAGAGGAAACACUUAAAGCAAAAUACAGAGGGAAGACGUACAGGGCGACUGUUAAGAUUGUGCGAACGUCGGAUCAGGUGGCGGAUUUCUGCAGAAGAGUCUGUGCAAAGUUGGAGUGCUGCCCCAAUUUGUUCAGCCCUGUGCUGGUGGCUGAAGUCUGCCCGGAGAACUGUUCCAUUCAUACUAAAACCAAGUACACUUAUUAUUAUGGGAAGAGGAAAAAAAUCAUUAGGCCACCAAUUGGGGAAAAUAACAACAUGAAAAGUGGUCAUGUCAAGCCAGCCAGACGCAGAAAAAGGCGGAAAUCCAUCUUCGUGCAGAAGAAAAGGAGGUCAUCAGCUGUCGAUGUGAAUGCUGCAGGCUCUGGAGAGGAGAGUGAAGAUGAUGAGCCAGAUGUGAUGGAGGACGAGACAGGGAGCGAGGAAACGAGCUCCGAGCUACGCGACGACCAGACCGAUACCUCCUCCGCCGAGGUGCCCUCCACCAGGCCCCGGCGAGCGGUCACCUUGCGGAGCAGCACUGAGUCGGACAGGCCUCCUCCCACGGAGAGGGCCCGGCGGAGCCGCAAACCCCAGCCCCUCUCCUUCGGUGAGGCAGAGAAGUGCUCGCAAGUCAAGGAAGAAAUUAAGCAUGAAGAGGAAGAGAAGCUUGUCUUGGACAGUAAUCCGCUGGAGUGGACUGUGACGGAUGUCGUGAGGUUUAUUAAACUGACUGACUGUGCACCCCUUGCCAAAAUAUUUCAGGAGCAGGACAUUGAUGGCCAAGCCCUCCUGUUGCUGACACUGCCCACGGUGCAAGAAUGCAUGGAGCUGAAGCUUGGUCCAGCCAUCAAACUGUGUCACCAGAUUGAGCGAGUAAAAGUUGCUUUCUAUGCACAAUAUGCCAACUGACUGCACUUCUCCAUUUCUUUCUAUUCCCCUUCUUGUUCCCUCUCUUUUUUAACAUUGUGACUUGUUCAAGUUUUUCAUCCCCUCCCUCUUUUCUUCUCCAAAAACACAUGGAAUUGGAAGCUCUGGGAAUUAAUCUAUGGGGGAAAAAAUAACACAACGAAAAACUAGCAACAAAUUGAACUAAUUUUUCAGUACUUGUAGUAAAGCACACUGAAAGAUUGCUGGCAUCUCUUCUCGUGAGCCUCGCCAACCCAUUACGCUGUGGUGCCAGGCCAGCUUUGAUCAGACGGUUUGUCAUUCUUUAAAGCAAAGCUACGGAUGGCAGACACAUUCCCAAGGAGAAUGGUUGGACAUUUUCGGCUGAUGAUGGUUUGUGUAGGUCAAUUUCUGGACACGAACAAUCCUUUUAGCCAACUCUGACACACUUCUUUCAUAUUGAAAUGGAAGUGAACAUCUGUAACAUGACCUGGGCUUUACUUCAAAUUGAUCUUAGUGAUCAGUGGGCUUUUUUUGACCCCCCCUCUCCAGUCAUACGAAAGGAUGAAGUGUUACACCAGUCGUACGCUACUUGUUAUACCGGAGUGAUUUAUAAAGGAGGACUCAACCCAUGGUCUCUGUAUGUUAUCAGACAAAGCUGCAGUGAAUUGACAGGGCUGCACCAAGACCUAAGGCACAGUAAUGCUUUCUGAGCCAUGCUGGCUGUGUACAAGAAGCUGAAUGUCUCAGUGAUGGGAUCUGUACAGUAUUGCAUUCUUGUAAAGGACCAUGCAUGAUGUCCUUCAUAGUCAAGCCCAUCCAGUUAAAUUCAAGUCACUUCAAAGGCCUGGUUUUGGAGUCCAUGGCAUU